GUCGUGGGUUCGAUUCCAGAUGCCUCACAAUCCUGCUGCUGUAUAUUUGGAGUUUUCGUGUCUUUCAUCAUCGUCACGGUGGCUAUGAGAUGUUAACUCUCUCGCCUGGUAUACAGGAGGUCGUGGGUUCAAUCUCGAUUCCUGACCAUGCGUGUAUGUGCCAAGAUGUUAACUACCUCACCUGGUAUGCACGAGGUCGUGGGUUCAAUCCUGAACCCUGACUAUGUGUGUAUGUGCCGAGAUGUUAACUACCUCGCCUGGUAUGCAGGAUGCCAUGGGUUCAAUCGCGGACCACGUCGCCUGCUGUAUACUCAGAGUUUGCAUGUCUCUCUCCCCGUGGUCGCGUGCAUUUUCCUCUCCGGGUCCUCCGGUUUUUCCCUCAUUUAUAAUCAACGUCACGUGAAGAGCAUUUGGCUGCGGCUACACAUCUCCACUUGAUGAUGAUGGUGGUGAUCUGCCGCCACUUGGUUGAGCUAUCAUUUGUGAUAGCCAAUUCGCUUCUGAAAAAGAGCUCCUGCACGGCAGCCGAUAGAAAAUCUGGCCCCGACUUCACCGCAGCUCCCCUCUUCAUCCUCCUUUUCCUCCUCGAUGGAUCCCGGAGAAUCCAGAGAGGUCCCUCCUCCUCACCACCACCACCACCCUCCGUCGCCGCCCUCCUCCUCCUCGUCGUCGUCGUCCUCGUCGUCGUCCGAGGCUGCGACCGCCCCUGCGGCGGCUCAGCUGCGCAAGAAGAGCGGCUUCCAGAUCACCAGCGUGGUGGUGCCGCCCCUACGGCCCGCCUCGUCCGCCAGCGUCGCCGACGACUCGGAGGGGGGCGAGGACGCGGAGGCGGAGGCCGUCACCGCAUCGUCGUCCUCGUCGUCCGUGGCGGGGGUCGCCGGGGUCGCGGGGGUGGCGGGGGUCGCCGGGGUCACGGGGGUCGAGGGGGAGGGGAGCGCCACGACCGAGGGGGAGGAGGAGAGGAAGCUCUAUGGAGAGUCACGGACGCCGGAUCUUGGGCAGCUGCAGCAGCUGCAGCUGCAGUACAACAGCAGCAGUGAGUGCCAGCAGCAGCAGUUGCAGCAUCAACUAAAUCAGCAGCAGCAGCAGUUGCAGCAUCAACAACAUCAGCAGCAUCAGCAUCAACAAAAUCAGCUGCCGCAGUACAACAGCGGCAGUGAGUACCAACAGCAGCAGGAACAUCAGCAGCAGCUGCAGUUGCAGCAGCAGUUGCAGCAACAGCAGCAGUAUCAACAAAAUCAUCAACAGCAGCAGCAGCAGCAGCACAGUCAUCUGGACAACAACCACCACCACCAUCAGCAGCAGCAGCAGUGGACCGCGGAACCUUCCUUCGUACAACCACCGCAACUACCGCAACUACCGCAAGCACCGCAAGCACCGCAACUACCGCAGCCAUCGGCAGCGUUUACAAACGGUACCGCUGCUGCUGCUGCUACUGCUGCAACAACAACAACAACCGUCGACGUUGCUGCUGCUGCCGCUGCCGCCGCUGCUGCUUCCGCCUCCGCUUCGGCCGCUGCUGCUGCUUCACUGGACUCGGCUCCUCGUUCGCCUGCUGCUGCCGUCGCCGCCGCCUGCUACGCCACAGCGGCGUCGCCACGUCCCACGCCCACCACCACCGACGCCUCCUCAGCCACCGCCGCCGCCGUGGAAGCGUGCGGCGGCGGCGACGACGGGCGCAGAAGUUCCGUCGGUUGCGUGCAACUCGCGCCGCCCACAACACCGGCGGCACGGGGAGACGUCCGGCCGUGCGCGGAACUCUGCGACGGUUGCUUGCAACCGACGACGGCGGCGGCGACGGUCGCCACGACGGCGGUCGCCACGGCGGCGGUCGCCGCGACGACGGUCGCCACGGCGACUGCGCAGAACCCGUCGCGGUUCCGCGUGGUCAAGCUGGACUCGGAGCACAUCGUGCCGUACCGGCGGGGCCGCUGGACUUGCUCGGACUUUCACGAGAGGGAUCCCUCCCUGUACCACCACCACCACCACUAUCAGCACCACCACCACCACCUGCUGCACCAUCAGAAUCAGCAGCAGCAGUUUCAACAGCUGCAGAACAGUCUGCAUCUCCAUCACCAGCAGCAGCAGCAGCAGCAGCACCACCACGGCACCGUGGCCAAUCACAUCAGCAUCAUCGACUGCGACGUCGCUGCCUUUCGUCGCCUGUCUCUGCCCACCGAGACGGAGAUCUCGCUGGCGCAGGUGCAGCACCUGCAGCAGCUGCACCUGCAGCAGCAGCAGCAGGAGCUGUUGCUGCAGCAGCAACAGCUGCAGCAGCAGCAGCAGCAGAGUGACGGACAGUUGGACGGGUUGAUUCAGAGCCUUCCGUUGGACGGGGAAGAUGAGAGUGCCUCUGGAGCCAGCGUGGUGGCCAUCGACAACAAGAUUGAGCAGGCGAUGGACCUGGUGAAGUCGCACCUGAUGUUUGCGGUGCGUGAGGAGGUGGAGGUGCUGCAGGAGCAGAUCAAGGAGCUGCUGGAGAAGAACGUGCAGCUGGAGACGGAGAACCGUCUCCUGCGCAGCCUCGCCUCGCACGACCAGCUGCUGCAGGUCACCGCCUCCGCCGCGCCUACGCAACCGCUGCAACUCACGCAAUCGUCGCAACUGACGCAACCGAUGCAACCGAUGCAACCGACGCAACCGACGCAACCGUCGCAACCGUCGCAACCGUCGCAACCGUCGCAACCGUCGCAACCGGCUCAACCGGCUCAACCGGCGCAACCGAUGCAACCGGCGCAACCGACGCAACCGCCGCAACCCGCGCAACCGGCGGCAUCGCCGGCAAUUGGUUGGCAGGUUUCGUAAGGGGACAAUCUGAGCCGUCGGUAGGGUGUGGAGGGGGGGCAUUGGGAAACAAGACCCACAGAAAAAUCUGAGACUUGUCGACACGUGAAUUGAUGUCGUCGUCGUCGUCGUCGUCUGAAGGAGGAGGAGGAAGAAUAAUAAAUAAGAAGAUAAUUAUUAUAUAUUUUUGUUGUAACGCGUCGUUUGAUACCGGUUUAAGAGGCAUAUUUAAAUCGCUCUCUCCAGUUCACUUCUCUGCCCGUCUCUCUCGGGCCGUCGGUGAAUUUGGAGUUUGAAUUUUGUUGUCGAUGUUUUUGUGAGAAGGAGAUCCGCGCGUGGUGGUUGUUGUGGAGGGGUCGUCGGUGUGACUGUGCCUUCUGUUACGGAUGCGUGCCGCUUAAAGUGUUUCCUGGACGUGUCUGACGGCCGUUGUUAACCCGGAGAUCUCCGUGUGUCUCUGACGACACGGCCAUUGUGAGUCUCUCUGUGAGAGAGAGAGACACCCAGACCCAGUGUCUCUGACACGGCCAUUGUGAGUCUCUCUGUGAGAGAGAGACACCCAGACCCAGUGUCUCUGACACGGCCAUUGUGAGUCUCUCUGUGAGAGAGAGAGACACCCAGACCCAGUGUCUCAGUGUCUCUGACACGGCCAUUGUGAGUCUCUCUGUGAGAGAGAGAGACACCCAGACCCAGUGUCUCUGACACGGCCAUUGUGAGUCUCUCUGUGAGAGAGAGAGAGAGAGACACCCAGACCCAGUGUCUCUGACACGGCCAUUGUGAGUCUCUCUGUGAGAGAGAGACACCCAGACCCAGUGUCUCUGACACGGCCAUUGUGAGUCUCUCUGUGAGAGAGAGAGACACCCAGACCCAGUGUCUCAGUGUCUCUGACACGGCCAUUGUGAGUCUCUCUGUGAGAGAGAGAGACACCCAGACCCAGUGUCUCUGACACGGCCAUUGUGAGUCUCUCUGUGAGAGAGAGAGAGAGACACCCAGACCCAGUGUCUCUGACACGGCCAUUGUGAGUCUCUCUGUGAGAGAGAGAGACACCCAGACCCAGUGUCUCUGACACGGCCAUUGUGAGUCUCUCUGUGAGAGAGAGACACCCAGACCCAGUGUCUCUGACACGGCCAUUGUGAGUCUCUCUGUGAGAGAGAGAGACACCCAGACCCAGUGUCUCUGACACGGCCAUUGUGAGUCUCUCUGUGAGAGAGAGACACCCAGACCCAGUGUCUCUGACACGGCCAUUGUGAGUCUCUCUGUGAGAGAGAGAGAGAGACACCCAGACCCAGUGUCUCUGACACGGCCAUUGUGAGUCUCCCCUGUGAGAGAGAGAGACCCAGACCCAGUGUCUCAGUGUCUCUGACACGGCCAUUGUGAACCCAGUGUCUCAGUGUCUGUGACACGGCCAUUGUGAACCCCUCCUGUGAGAGAGAGAGACACCCAGACCCAGUGUCUCAGUGUCUCUGACACGGCCAUUGUGAGUCUCUCUGUGAGAGAGAGAGAGACCCAGACCCAGUGUCUCUGACACGGCCAUUGUGAGUCUCUCUGUGAGAGAGAGAGAGACACCCAGACCCAGUGUCUCUGACACAGCCAUUGUGAGUCUCUCUGUGAGAGAGAGACACCCAGACCCAGUGUCUCUGACACGGCCAUUGUGAGUCUCUCUGUGAGAGAGAGAGAGAGACACCCAGACCCAGUGUCUCUGACACGGCCAUUGUGAGUCUCCCCUGUGAGAGAGAGAGACCCAGACCCAGUGUCUCAGUGUCUCUGACACGGCCAUUGUGAACCCAGUGUCUCAGUGUCUGUGACACGGCCAUUGUGAACCCCUCCUGUGAGAGAGAGAGACACCCAGACCCAGUGUCUCAGUGUCUCUGACACGGCCAUUGUGAGUCUCCCUGUGAGAGAGACACCCAGACCCAGUGUCUCAGUGUCUCUGACACGGCCAUUGUGAGUCUCCCUGUGAGAGAGACACCCAGACCCAGUGUCUCAGUGUCUCUGACACGGCCAUUGUGAGUCUCCCUGUGAGAGAGACACCCAGACCCAGUGUCUCUGUGUCUCUGACACGGCCAUUGUGAACCCAGUGUCUCAGUGUCUCUGACACGGCCAUCGUGAACCCCCCCUGUGAGAGAGAGAGAGACACCCAGACCGAGUGUCUCUGACACGGCCAUUGUGAACCCUUCCUGUGAGAGAGAGAGACACCCAGACCCAGUGUCUCUGUGUCUCUGACACGGCCAUUGUGAACCCAGUGUCUCAGUGUCUCUGACACGGCCAUCGUGAACCCCUCCUGUGAGAGAGAGAGACACCCAGACCCAGUGUCUCUGACACGGCCAUUGUGAACCCUUCCUGUGAGAGAGAGAGACACCCAGACCCAGUGUCUCUGACACGGCCAUUGUGAACCCUUCCUGUGAGAGAGAGAGACACCCAGACCCAGUGUCUCAGUGUCUCUUGACACGGAUCAUCGUGAACCCCCUCAGAGAGAAAGGCAGAGACACCUGUAACAGCAAUGUCUUUGUACACACGCGCACAAGAGCAACAGCACAACGCCCCAUCCCGUCUGUUUUAAUUUCAAACUCAUUUACUCUCCGCGUAUGAAUUGAACCGCCGCCGCCGCCAUCGUUAUAAGAAGUAUUUUAUAAGUUGUUGUAUUUUGUCGUAAGGGUUGUGAGCAGGUUGUGUUUUUUUGUACAUUUUUGUUUACUUUAAACUGACUCAUUUUAUAAUGCAGCAGCAGCAGCAGCAUUGCAAAUAGGACCAAACCACUAUCACUCAAACGCUCACCCGCUCACCAUACGAGCCAAUCACCACCACCACCACUCACCAUACGAGCCAAUCACCACCACCACCACUCACCAUGUGAGCCAAUCACCACCACCACCACUCACCAUGCGAGCCAAUCACCACCACCACUCACCAUGCGAGCCAAUCACCACCACCGCUCACCACUCAGCAAGCGAUCCAAUCACCACCACCGCUCACCACUCACCAUACGAGCCAAUCACCACCACCACCACCGCUCACCACGCAAGCCAAUCACCACCACCGCUCACCACUCACCAUGCGAGCUAAUCACCACCACCACCACUCACCAUACGAGCCAAUCACCACCACCGCCACAACUCACCAUGCGAGCCAAUCACCACCACCGCUCACCACUCACCAAGCGAUCCAAUCACCACCACCACCACUCACCAUGUGAGCCAAUCACCACCACCACUCACCAUGUGAGCCAAUCACCACCACCACCACUCACCAUGUGAGCCAAUCACCACCACCACCACUCACCAUGCGAGCCAAUCACCACCACCACCACUCACCAAGCGAGCCAAUCACCACCACCACCACUCACCAUGUGAGCCAAUCACCACCACCACUCACCAUGUGAGCCAAUCACCACCACCACCACUCACCAUGCGAGCCAAUCACCACCACCACCACUCACCAUGUGAGCCAAUCACCACCACCACCACUCACCAUGCGAGCCAAUCACCACCACCACCACUCACCAUGCGAGCCAAUCACCACCACCACCACUCACCAAGCGAUCCAAUCACCACCACCACCACUCACCAUGUGAGCCAAUCACCACCACCACCACUCACCAUGUGAGCCAAUCACCACCACCACCACUCACCAUGCGAGCCAAUCACCACCACCACCACUCACCAUGUGAGCCAAUCACCACCACCACCACUCACCAUGCGAGCCAAUCACCACCACCACCACUCACCAUGCGAGCCAAUCACCACCACCACCACUCACCAAGCGAUCCAAUCACCACCACCACCACUCACCAUGUGAGCCAAUCACCACCACCACAACUCACCAUGCGAGCCAAUCACCACCACCGCUCAGCACUCACCAUGCGAGCCAAUCACCACCACCACCACCACUCACCAUGCGAGCCAAUCACCACCACCACCACCACCACAACUCACCAUGCGAGCCAAUCACCACCACCGCCACCACUCACCAAGCGAGCCAAUCACCACCACCACCGCUCACCCACUUACCAUGCAAGCCAUGUUCUAUCUACUGCUGCUGCUGCUGCUGCAUUGACACCACACGCGCCUACACAACCAAGCCUUAUUCACAGCCACAACAACCACCACUACAACCACCACCAUCUUCCUGUGCUAGAAGCCAUCACGACCACCACAACCACCACUGCCUCAACCACAACCACCUCAACCACCACCGUUCUACUAAGCUAGAAACCACAACCACCACCACCACCACCUCAACCACCACCUCAACCACCACAACCACCACCACAACCACCACCUCAACCACCACUACAACCAUCACCUCCACCACCGUCUUCCUGUGCUAGAAGCCAUCACGACCACCACAACCACAACCACCACCUCAACCACCACCACAACCACCACCGCCAUCCUCUGGGGUGCUGUCUAUGCCACCGUGCCAUGCCCUCCGCCAUCUCACGUCGUCGUUGGCCUACUCUUCCGUUUUGCCGGCUGGACCUAAUUAUAAAGAAGGUUAAAAUUUCACUUUUUUUUUGCUUUAAUGUUACACGCCCGUUUAGGGCCUUCGGUGAUUAUACAUUUACGUUGUUGUUGUUGUUGGUUUGUCGGCGUCGUCGUUGUUGUCGUUGUUAUCGUUGUUGUCGCGUUAAAAACAAUUCCACUGUCAGUAUUUGCUCCUGGCCAUGCAAUCCGCUGUGGGUUCUUUUUCUAAAUCACAGUCCGUCCCACCAACCCCCCCCCUCCCCCCCCUUCCCUCCCCCAUUAAACUAUUUAACUUUAAUAUUUUUUAACGAUUUUCAACCAGGUUUGUUAAGGUGCCCUUCCCACCCACACACCCACACUGAGCUGACACUUUAGCUGCUGGACAUCUGUGAACGGAGAGCUUUUAUCGCGCAUCGCAUUCCUCCGGUAUGAAUUAAACAAUAUCUA